CUGUCCCCUGUGCCCCACAGCUGGGAGCCCACGCUGAGGGCAGAGUCCAGGUGUGCACUCUACACUGGUUCCGCCCUGAAAACCAGGGAGCAGGACCUCAGCCCCCAAGGCCAGCUCAGCACUCAGGCUCUUCCUGGAGACACAGCCAUGCCUUUCCUGUUGAGCCUGGAGGUCACCCUCCUGUCUGUCCCAGGACCCACCUUUCUCCGGUCGUUAGUAUUGGAGGGGCCUCAUCCAUCUGUUAGCUGGCGGAAGCUUUGCAUACGCUUUGUCUCUUCUGCCAGGCUCUGGAGUUGGUGACUGUAAUGGUGGGCAGCCCCCGAGCAGAUGGCCUUGUCUCCCUCCUCACCACCUCUGAGGAUGCUGAUGAGCCCAGGCGGCUGCAGUUUCCCUUGCCUACAGCCCAGCGGUCACUGGAGCCUGGGACCCCCCGGUGGGCCAACUAUGUCAAGGGAGUGAUUCAACACUACCCAGCUGCCCCCCUCCCUGGCUUCAGUGCAGUGAUGGUCAGCUCAGUGCCCCUGGGGGGUGGGCUGUCCAGCUCGGCAGCCCUGGAAGUGGCCACGUACACCUUCCUGCAGCAGCUCUGCCCAGACUCAGGGACAAUAGCUGCCCGGGCCCAGGUGUGUCAGCGGGCCGAACACAGCUUCGCAGGGGUGCCCUGUGGCAUCAUGGAUCAACUUAUCGCUUUGCUGGCGCAGAAGGACCACGCACUGCUCAUUGACUGCAGGUCCCUGGAGACAAGCUUGGUGCCACUGUCAGACCCCAAGCUGGCUGUACUCAUCACCAAUUCCAACGUCCGCCACUCGCUGGGCUCCAGCGAAUACCCCGUGCGGCGGCGCCAGUGUGAAGAAGUGGCCCGGGCUCUGGGCAAGGAGAGCCUUCGGGAGGUGCAGCUGGAGGAGCUGGAGGCUGGCAGAGAGCUGGUGAGCAAGGAGGGCUUCCGGCGGGCACGGCACGUCGUGGGGGAGAUCAGGCGCACGGCUCAGGCAGCAGCGGCGCUCAGCCGGGGCGACUACAGAGCUUUCGGCCGCCUCAUGGUGGAGAGUCACCACUCCCUCAGGGAUGACUACGAGGUGAGCUGCCCAGAGCUGGACCAGCUGGUGCAGGCCGCGCUGUCUGCGCCCGGAGUUUAUGGUAGCCGCAUGACAGGCGGCGGCUUUGGUGGCUGCACCGUGACUUUGCUCGAGGCCUCGGCCGCUUCCCAAGCCAUGCAGCACAUACAGGCGCAGUACAGAGGCACCGCCACCUUCUACCUCUCCCAGGCGGCCGACGGUGCCAGGGUGCUGCCCUUGUGAGGCGCUCCCAGGCGCACGGUGGACCGGGAGUGCAGCGUGCCAGGCAGCAGGCCGGGAGCUCAGUGCCUCUGGCGCCUGCCCUCCAUCUGGGUGCUCAAUAAACUUGUGCCUUAGCCCUG